GAGGGGUCUUCGUCAGCUACGAGUGGGAGACGGACGCGAUGGUUCGAGCGAAGGACUUCGGGAGAGCUUCAAGUGGAGGAGGAGGGGGCCUUGUGCGUGUGAUUCCGACGAAGGAGAGCCAAGUAUUCUUCCAAGGAGUAGCAACUACAUGCUAUGUAGCAUUGCAUUCGAACCUCAGAGGUGUAACUGGGAAGUACUUCGAUGAAGAACUAUCAAGAAGGCUUUGGGAUUUAAGCGAGAAGAUGUUAAAGCCAAUGAGUAAAGAACAUUCAAGUCAAGAGAAUAAAUAACAUCUAUCAAGAUCCUUUAAGUUCAUGCAAUAAGAUGUAGUCGUUAGAAGUAGUUUUGAGUAUCUCCUAAUUAAAAUUUCUUUGUAUGUGAGUAAUUAUGUUUCUUAUAGAAGUGUAAGGAUGAUAAUUUGUAUAUUUAUCUUGGUUGUUUAUUUAAUAAUAUGUUAUUGAUUGAAGUA